AUGAAGUUCAUUUCGAAAAUAUUCUUCAUCGUCACUCUCAUUAUUGAAUCAGGUGGACCAAGUUACUUUUAUAAAAAUCCAUGGAUAGAGGAUAGAUUAUGUAACCAUAAUUGUCGGACAAAAGGCUUCUCGGGUGGAAUGUGGCAACGCGAAAAUUGCGAAUGUUAUCAAAUACCUGUUCCAAUGAAAUAA